GUUUGCUAGUCCACCCCAGAAAAAGUAUCACCAGAAAGAGUUAUUACUGACCAGCAAGAUAUUGGAUUAUUCUGCCUUUAUUAAGGCUAACUUGAAUUCUAGUUCUCAAUAUUUAACAUUAUUUACCGAAUCAGGAUAUUCAACACAACAAGACUCUUGA